AUGGCUUGGAUUUACCGAAAACUCGUCAUCGUAGGUGAUUCUGGAGGGAAGUCGGCGUUGCUUAUUGUGCUCUUGGGAGGAACUUUCCCAGAGGUAUCAAUCCCAACGGUUUUUGAAAAUUACGUCGCCGACAUUGAGGUGGAUGGGAAGCAUGUCGAAUUGGCGUUGUGGGAUACGGCUGGUCAGAAAGACUAUGAUCGCUUGCGCCCUCUGUCAUACCCCGACUCGCACGUUGUUCUUAUAUCCUUCAACAUUGCUGAUCCCGAUUCCCUGGACAACGUCCUAAAGAAGUGGAUUAUUGACGUCAACCACUACUGUCCCGGACUCCCUAUCAUCCUUGUAGGUUUGAAAAAAGACCUCAGAAGGGAUCCCAAAACCAUUGACGAACUACGGAGGACGAGUCAACACCCAGUGACCGUUGAAGAGGGACAGCAGCUCGCCAAAAGAAUUGGAGCGAGGCACUAUGUUGAGUGCUCUAGCAUAACUGGAGAGGGGGUUCGCGAAGUGUUUCAAAUCGCAACUCGCGAGGCAUUG